UCCGGAAGUGAAGUAUUGCUGGAACCGUCGCUUCGCUUAGAAGCACCGACGACUUGAAGUCCAAACAGGUUCCGUCCGUGGAGUCAUCACCCUCACCUCGCGGCUCCGUGUGGCCCGUUAAGAGCGGUCCGGUUCGGGUUCCGGUUCCGUUGGUUCGGCGGGAUGUCCGUUUUAAGCAGCAAAGCUCUUCACGAGCAGCUCUCCGUCAUCAUGGCCGCGCUGACUAAAGCGGCGGUGGCGGAGAUCUGCGGGGUGGUGGAUGAAGGCUACGCGGUGCUGCAGCUGGAGAUCAGCCGGAGCCACAAGGAGAACGAGGACCUGAAGAAGAAGCUGCACCUCAUCGAGUCCAUCGUGGUCCGGGGGAGCAGCGGAGGAGGAGGAGGGGACGCCGCGGAAGGACCGGAGGAGGCGCCGCAGAAGCCGGGAACACCGCAGCAACCCCGGGAAGGUGACGGAGGAGGAACCGCGGCUGGAGCCGGAGGAGCUGCUGGGGCGGUGCGGGAGGAGCUUCCAGAAGUGGUCCUGAUCAAAGAUGAAGACUCGGACAGCAACGACAUCUUCGAGGAAACUACUAAAUCACCUGCUGAUGGAGGGGCGGCUUCGGCCAGAGAGGGCAUCGCAUCGACUCCAAUGACCCGGCGCGCAAAGAGACGCUGGCGGGAAAGCGUGGAGGCCGAGAAGAGGUCAUCUUCUGAGCAGAUUGAACAUAAAACAUGCGACGUGACGGCGGGGACGCAGGAGACUGUGUCUGUCUACUCUCUGGACUCUCCUGAGGGUGGGCCGGGCGUCUCCGGGCAGCUCGAGGAUGAGGUCGAGAUGGAACCCGACGAGUCUGUUGGCGCCUACUCGUCGCAGAUGGACCCAGACGUGCAUGUGGUUCAGGAGUGCUCGCUGGUUUCUUCGAGCGCCAACAGGCCGGUUUAUUUUAGUGGCGGCGCUCUGAUCGAGUCUCCAUCAAACAGCGCCGAACUCGGUCUCGCUGUCGACCAAACAUGGCCCAAACAGUCAAAGGGUCAGAUGACUUUUGCGCCGUUUCACCAAAACGGAAAUACGGACAGCAGCGCUUUUGGACUGAAGCUGCUCAGCGUGUCGGGCUCGACCUCCACAGACUGCCAGCUGUCCGAAGCCAGCAGCUCUGCGUUUGAGUACGAAGACGGCGGUGGCGACGUCGUGAACUUUACGCUCUACAGGGACCAGCAGGGCCAGUCCCAGCUCUGUGACGGGCAGCCGAGCGUCGGCGGCCGAGGGAAGCGCUUCGUGUGCUCUCUCUGCAACAAGACGUACGCCACGUCGCAGAACCUGGAGGUCCACAUGCGCAUUCACACGGGCGAGAGGCCGUUCAGCUGCGAGCAGUGUGGCAAGAAGUUCACCCAGUCGGCUCACCUGAAGUCGCACCUGAGCGUUCACACUGGCGAGCGGCCAUAUGCAUGCACACUCUGCUCCCGGAGCUUCAUCGUCAAAUACAGUCUCAAGUUGCACAUGAAGAAGUGUCACCCAAAUGUCCAGAGCGACCCCUAAAUGCCCAAAUGAAUGAUUUUAUGAACGAAUUCUGAUUUUUCAGUUUGCUCGAGCUGUCAGCAGAUAUUUGUAACUUAAUUUUGUUGUCUUACAUUCUGCUGCUCUCUCAAAUCUCAAAAUACAAGGAAUAAAAUCUGUCCAGAUUA